AGUGCAACAGUGGGUGAAAGACUUGGGUGCAGUUCAGAGCAACAUAGCAGUCAUGACAGUGAUAAGACAUAUUACAAUCUACAAUAAAUAUCAAAUUUACACAACACAAUACACAAAUAAUAAUAUACAAUGCACAGUAUACAAUACACACAAUAUAGAAUACACAGUAUACAAUGAAAAUAAUACAUAUAAAAUAUACAGUAGUUUGUAUAGUGUGGAAUAAUGAAUCUUAUCUAGUGCCAGAUGAUACACAAAUUAUCUUAUCCAGUGACUGAAAGUUGCUGUGGAAUGUUUGUAUUUAAUAACCUUUCAUCAAAAUAUAAUAAAGUCCUCCAUCUCUGAAACGCUCUUUGUUGCCUGCUAACGUCAUGACGCGAUGACGCAAAAUCAUCUUUUGUACCGGAUCGUUUGAGUCGGUUCUUUGAAAUGAACAGUGAAAAAGGUUUACGGAAAAGAGUCGGACUUCCUAAACACAGAACGAGCUACACUACGUGCAUAGCAAGCGAUAGUAGAUAUGGUGAAGAGGUGUGUUUUGGGUUGUUACCCGCACAAAACCUUGUUCCCUUUCCCUAAAAUACCCUGGUUGCGAGCUCGCUGGCUUGAAUUUCUGCAUUUUGAGGAAGGAGGAAUAUCAGAGAGCUCGCGUCUGUGUGGCAGGCAUUUCGCUCCUGAAUGCUUCACAAAUUUAAAGCAAUACGAAAUGGGAUUCUCGGGCUUUCUGUACUUGAUAGAUUCGGCUGUACCAACAAUAUACACCGUUGGUCCGUCGCCAAGUUUGAAGCCACUGACACGAGAGGUGGGCAGCCAAUGUAAUGGUCCACUUUUGAAGAACGCAUCGGUCCAAGCAGUACGCACCCAAAAAAAGCCAAAAAUACGCAGCAAAGCGAUUCAAGUGAAACCUCUUGUGAGUCACUGUGCUAGCGUGUCCUGCUCCGAAGAGGACUUUGUCGUCAGUCCUAAAUCUCCAUUCACAUUAUUACCAGUUAAAAGGCCACGAAUGGAGGAUAGCACAGAUGAGUCCACUGAGGGGUCAUCACACUCCACAAAGAAACCAACAGAUUCCACUUUCCACAUGCCCACUGUCAAACAAGAAGACGAUGUAAAGCUUGAGCCCUUUGAUUCUUCUUAUAUCGUCGUCACCAUCUGAAUCCUCCAUUUCGUCAUCUGCAGAGAACAGGAUCUGACCAGCACAAAAGGGGACAAGAGAAAGUUCGACUUACCCUGUUUUUUUUCUUCUUCUAAGAAUCAGGUGA